AAUGUCACCAUUGACGACCAGUUGGGAGAUAACACCACAGGUUUCAUUCCUGUGUAUCUGCCUAAUGACGGAACGUGGCACGCCGGCUCCCCCUCCGAGGACUGCGACAGCUGCAAGAUCACUCUCGCUAUCCUUGACGUCCACCGGAUACACAACCAUACAUGGCACGAUGCAACUCAUACCCCCGGGCUGACCCCUGCUCAAAUCAUCGUGAACUUCACGGGCACCGCAGUGUAUGUCCACAAUAUCGUCCCCAAAUUCCUCCCCAACAACACGGCAACUUUCGCCAAUAUCUCCUUCACUGUGGACGGCGCCGAUAUCGGUAGUUUCUUGCACACUCCUGAUCUCAGUACGGAAGUCAUACAGUACAACCAACUUGUUCAUUCGAUCACGGGACUUUCGAACGGCCCCCACACCCUGGUGAUGACCGCAGACGGCGACACGGAGUCCCUCGUUCUCUUCGACUAUGUCCUGUACACG